CCAGAACUUGAAGAAGCCCGACAGGAAUUGAUCAUUACAACGGCCAAUAACCGUCGCGUACUGAAGGAGACUGAGGAUCGUAUCCUGGUUACACUGUCAGAAUCUGAGGGCAAUAUUCUGGAGAAUGAAUCCGCUAUUAAGAUCCUGGAUUCGUCAAAGGCCAUAUCUGAUGAUAUUUUGAAGAAGCAGGCGGCAAUUCAACACACAUCUGAAGCUCAAGUAUUUGCCUCUGUGGCAGAAGAUACCCAAAAGAAAAUUGAUGGAGCUCGAAUGGAUUAUUCUCCGAUAGCCAAGCAUUCGGCCAUUCUCUUCUUUUCAAUUGCCGAUCUGCCCAACAUCGAUCCCAUGUACCAGUACUCAUUGACAUGGUUUGUGAAUCUUUACAUCAACGCCAUUCAGGACAGUAACAAGUCCAAGAUUCUGGAAAGACGUCUGCGUUACUUACGGGAGCAUUUUGAGUACAGCCUCUACGUGAACGUCUGCAGAGGGCUGUUCGAGCAACAUCGGAUAUUUUGUUUUUAUCGCACCGCCCUUUUUCCUCUCCAAAUCCCCUCCAUCCCGCUGCUGCUGCUACUGUUGUUGCAUCUGCACCACCCCCCGCCCAGCAACAAGUCAAAGAUUCUGGAGAAGCGUAUCCGCUAUCUGAUUGACUACUUCACCUACAGCCUUUACGUGAAUGUGUGCCGGUCACUGUUUGAAAUGCACAAGCUCCUAUUUUCAUUGAUUUUGUGCAGCCAACUGAUGAUGGCUAAGAAGGACCUAAAUCCAAAUGAGUUCCUCUUCUUCCUCACUGGUGGUGUUGGCUUGGAGAACAAACUGGCUAAUCCCUCGGGUGGUUGGCUGCCUGAUAAGGGUUGGGAUGAAUUGUGUCGAUUGGCUGACAUUGAGGUCUUCAAAGGUAUCAAUGAGCAUCUGCGGGACAACCUUCCAGUCUGGAAAAAGUUUUAUGACAGCAAAUCGCCCGAGACCACUCCCCUGCCAGAACCUUGGCAGCAAAAUUUGGACCAAUUCCGAAGGCUUAUUGUUCUACGCUGCAUCCGACCAGACAAGGUAAGUCUCCCGAGCAGAACUCAAGUUCUGACUACAAACCAGCACGUCUUCUGUUAA